GACGUAUUGUAUUGACGUGCGCGCCGUAGAGAAAUCGAGAGGGGUAGUUGGUAGUUGAAAUGAUGAAGGUGGUGAAUUAAAUUAAAUUUGGUUCUUUCUAAAUGAAUAUUAUUGAUCUAAAUGUUUAGAUAAUAGGUCAUGAUAUCAUAAGUUUCAAAAUGAUAGGAGGAUUAUUCGUGUACAAUCACAAGGGCGAAGUUCUCAUCUCGAGAGUCUAUCGGGAUGACAUCGGAAGAAAUGCAGUCGAUGCCUUUCGGGUAAACGUUAUUCAUGCUCGACAGCAAGUUCGAUCGCCUGUUACUAACAUAGCAAGGACAUCAUUUUUCCAUAUCAAAAGAGCAAACAUCUGGAUUGCUGCCGUAACCAAACAGAAUGUCAACGCUGCGAUGGUAUUCGAAUUCCUAUUAAAAAUCAUCGAAGUGAUGCAAUCCUACUUCGGAAAAAUAUCCGAAGAGAACAUCAAAAACAACUUUGUGUUGAUCUACGAGUUGCUCGAUGAAAUCCUGGAUUUCGGGUACCCUCAAAACACUGACACAGGUGUUUUGAAGACGUUCAUCACGCAGCAGGGUAUAAAAUCCGCGACUAAGGAAGAACAAGCACAAAUCACGUCUCAAGUCACAGGGCAAAUUGGUUGGAGAAGAGAAGGUAUCAAGUACCGUCGAAAUGAGCUCUUUUUGGAUGUACUGGAGUACGUUAAUUUGCUGAUGUCACCUCAAGGUCAAGUAUUGUCCGCUCAUGUAGCCGGUAAAGUAGUUAUGAAAUCGUACCUUUCCGGAAUGCCCGAGUGUAAAUUCGGCAUCAACGACAAGAUCGUUAUGGAAGCCAAAGGAAAAGGAACUUUAGGUGCAGCCACUGAUUCGGAUCCAGCCAGAUCUGGCAAACCCGUUGUGGUUAUCGACGAUUGCCAGUUUCAUCAGUGCGUUAAAUUGAGCAAAUUCGAAACGGAACAUUCCAUUAGCUUUAUACCUCCCGAUGGUGAAUUUGAACUCAUGAGAUAUCGUACAACAAAAGACAUAUCUCUGCCCUUCCGGGUUAUCCCGUUGGUUCGAGAAGUGGGCCGCACCAAAAUGGAGGUGAAAGUGGUAUUGAAGAGCAACUUCAAACCGUCUUUGUUGGGCCAAAAGAUCGAAGUGAAAAUCCCGACGCCUCUAAACACAUCGGGCGUUCAACUAAUCUGUUUGAAGGGCAAAGCUAAAUACAAAGCGUCCGAAAACGCCAUCGUAUGGAAGAUAAAACGUAUGGCUGGCAUGAAGGAGACCCAGCUCUCCGCCGAGAUCGAACUGUUGGAGACAGAUACCAAAAAGAAGUGGACGCGCCCGCCGAUUUCCAUGAACUUUGAAGUACCGUUCGCGCCGUCGGGCUUCAAAGUGCGAUAUCUGAAAGUAUUCGAAUCGAAAUUGAACUAUUCGGACCACGAUGUCAUCAAAUGGGUUAGGUACAUCGGUAGAAGCGGAUUGUACGAGACCAGAUGUUGAAUCUCUUUCGGCUAUGUAUUUGUGGAUAUUUGGAAUUUUCAUCGCCAUUGUUUGGUGCUGAGUUUGUUAAGUAAAGUAGGAAUUGAAGUUUGUUGGGGAGGUAAAUUUGGGUGAAUUUAGUUGGUUCAAAAUUGUAAAGAGUUAAAGGAUUAUUCCAUGACAAAUUCAUUUUAAAUAGAUUAGAAACAUUGCAAAAUUUCAAGCAAAUUAAACUACGAGUUUUAGAGAUAAUUCUUGUGCAGUUUAUUGAUUUUAUGUUUUAAGAUUUUUACAAAUCAAUUUCAACUAAAAAUAUCCACAAAUAUAACUGUUCUCAAUGUUUAUAGUGGUUAUCGAUUGAUCGAGAUUACGUUUUAUGAAAUAGUUACAUUGAGAAUUCCACAGAACAAAAACUAGCUUGGAAAAGGAGAAUAUUUUAAUUUAAGCAAAAUAUGGAAUGCCAUUAAUUUUGUUUGAUUUUUAUUUGUAUAUUUUGUUUUAAAGAAUUUAGGAUAAGAAAUAUGAUAUUAAUUCGUUACUGUAUGUAUAAACGUUAAAAACUGCCACGGAUCACAUAAGAUUCUUUGGCGGUUUUUAAAUAUUUCUAAACAAACUUAUUGGCAUGAUUUAAAUUGUUAAACAUUAUCGUACAAUUGAAACAAUAUUGCUUUAAUGAAUAUUAAAUAUUGAUUUUUUUUAGUAAUAAAUAAAUUCUAUGUAGAAAAAGCAUUAUAUUAUUGAAUUUCUUUGUCAAAUAGAUGUGUAAUAAAUAUUAGAUGAA